AGUACCUUGUUUUGUGCCUGUUUUUCGCUCUUAUUCUUGCAAGUUCCCAUGGCUUUUCUCUGACUCUUUAACUUCGCGUUACUGUGUCUGUGAUGAAUGGACACCUCCAGGUUCUUAUUUUCGGCUAAUGUCGAUGCUCUGGCGCUGAAGAAAAGUAUCAUUGAUUUUCUAUGCAGGAAUCGGAGCUCAUUCUUGUUUGCUGUUGGUUUGUUGCUGAUUAGUUGCUGCUGCUGGCAUUGGUGAUUGUUAUGGUGUGACACUUCAGAGGAAUCCCAGUUGAAUUAAUUGUAUUACAAACAUUUGUGCUGUAAUGCUAAAUGUGAAUUUACACCCAGAAUUUGCAAAUAGUUCCUGCCCUUUCCCUCUGCGUGUUUGGCAAGCUUUUCCUAAGACAUGCGGUCGUGGUGGGGAAAGUCUUCUUCCAAAGAGGUGAAAAGGAAGGAAAACAGGGAAAGUAUUAUUCACACCAUACAGCGGAAAUUAAAGAAUGCUUCUGAAGAGAAAUGCAAUAAUAAAUCUGUAAGAUCAAGGAGAUAUCGUGAUGAUGCCAUCUCCAAAAAGGGUUCUAGAUCUCUUGCACCUUCAAGAUCACCAUCACCCUCUACACAUGUAUCCCGAUGUCAAAGUUUUGCAGAGAGGCCUCUCUCUCAACCACUCCCAUUACCAGGGUCACUCCCAUUACCAGGGUCACAUCUUUCGGAUGCCAUUGCUGCAAAUUCUGGGGUUAUUUUAACAUCAAAACUUGAUAGAGCCAUAAACUCAAAGCCAUCUCUAUAUUUUCCCCUUCCAAUACCUGGUUUUGUUUCAAACAAGGAAGACGCUACUGAUAUGGAAGGAGAAAUAGCCACUGCAUCUGUUUCUAGUGAAAGCUCAAUUGAUAGUGGCAACUCAUUUGAUUCGCCGCAUUUUGUUAGUCCUCUGGCUUCUGAUUAUGAAAAUGGAAACCGAGCCACCAUUAAUAGUUCUUUUAGUCUGGUGCGCAAGAACCAACCUCUUAUUACUAUCCAAAGAAACUCAAGAACAUUCUCAAAAACAAGUCCUAAGUUGUGCAAUAAUAAGCCACUGUCUACCUCACCAAGAGGGGUUCCAUUACACCUGCAAAAUCUGCAAGUGGCUCGCCCAGGUGGUUUGCGUAGUGCUCCAGGUAGUUCAGUAUCAAGUCCCAGAAAUCCAAUGGGAGCAUUUGGUCCUGAACAAAUGUUGAAUUCUGAAUUACAGACAACAAAACCUUAUCCAGAUAUAGCUUCUGGUCACUCCUAUAGUCUGGUUUCAGGCCGUAACUCUAAUCAUAUUUCAGUUGGUGGGGAUCUUUUGGGACAGAUGAUUUUGCCUCAAAACAGGUGUAGCCCUGAGUGUUCUCCAAUAGUUAGUCCCAGAAUGAGAAGCCCUGGUCCCAGUUCUAGGAUACAGAGUGGUACUGUGACCCCUCUGCAUCCUAAAGCUGGAGGAACUGCAGCAGAAGCACAUACAAGACGCCUUGACGAUGUGAAACAAAAAAAUCAUCAGUUACCACUUCCUCCAAUAACAGUUACUAAGCCGUGUCCAUUUUCUCCAACCUAUUCUGCAUCAACAACACCUUCAGCCCCUCGUAGUCCUGCCGGAUCAGAAACUGCGAUAAGCCCAGGUUCGCGCUGGAAAAAAGGGCAGUUGCUUGGAAGGGGAACAUUUGGACAUGUAUAUCUUGGUUUUAACAGAGAAAGUGGUGAGAUGUGUGCGAUGAAGGAGGUAACCCUUUUUUCAGAUGAUGCUAAAUCAAGGGAAAGUGCACAGCAGCUUGGCCAAGAAAUUGCAAUGCUUAGUCGGUUGCGGCAUCCAAAUAUUGUUCAGUAUUAUGGAUCUGAGACGAUCGAUGACAGACUUUAUGUAUACUUGGAGUAUGUCUCCGGUGGGUCAAUCUAUAAGCUGGUUAAAGAAUAUGGCCAGUUAGGUGAAAUUGCAAUUCGCAAUUAUACUCGACAAAUUUUGUUAGGACUCGCAUAUUUACACGCGAAGAACACUGUUCACAGGGACAUUAAAGGAGCAAACAUAUUGGUGGACCCUAAUGGGCGGAUAAAAUUGGCAGAUUUUGGGAUGGCAAAGCAUAUAAGUGGGCCAUCUUGUCCAUUUUCUUUCAAAGGAAGUCCUUACUGGAUGGCACCUGAGGUUAUAAAAAAUUCAAAUGGUUGUAAUCUUGCGGUUGAUAUAUGGAGUCUGGGAUGCACCGUUUUGGAGAUGGCGACAACAAAACCUCCUUGGAGCCAAUAUGAAGGGGUUGCUGCUAUGUUUAAGAUUGGGAACAGCAAGGAACUUCCGACAAUUCCAGAUCAUCUUUCAGAAGAUGGAAAAGAUUUUGUAAGGCUUUGUUUGCAAAGGAAUCCUCAAAAUCGUCCCUCGGCUGCUCAACUUCUAGAGCAUUCAUUUGUUAAAAAUGCUAUGUUGGAAAGAUCUAUUUUAUCUGCCGCUCCUUCAGAAGAUCCUACUGCUAUAAUAAAUGCAGUGAGAUCUCUGGUCAUUGGACCAGCAAAACGUAAUUCAUGCUUAGACUCAGAAGUAGCCGGGAUCAAUCCGCCUAGAAACUUGAAAGCUGGUUCUGGAUCAAGUGAUCCUCAUGCACCAAGAGAGAUCUCUUGUCCCAUCUCUCCCUCUUUUCCUUAUAAAUCAUUGCAUACAAGUGGAAGGAUGUCGCCUCCAAUAUCUAGCCCUCAUACUGCAUCAGGCUCAUCUUCGCCCCUAACCAGUGGCGGCGGUGCUAUUCCAUAUCAUCAGACAAAGCAAUCAAUAAUCUCCCAUGAAGUUUCGGGUAUGAUACAAAAGUCCCAUCAGGGUGCUAUUCCAAUAUCUAGCCCUCGUACUGCAUCUGGCUCAUCUUCGCCCCUAACCAGUGGCGGCGGUGCUAUUCCAUAUCAUCAGACAAAGCAAUCAAUGCUCUCUCAUGAAGUUUCGGGUAUGAUCCAAAAGUCCCAUCAUGGUGUUAUUCCAAUAUCUAGCCCUCGUACUGCGUCUGGCUCAUCUUCACCACUAACCAGUGGCGGUGGUGCAAUUCCAUUUCAUCAGUCAAAGCAACAACUAUUCUCACAUGAAGUUGUGGGUAUGAUCCAAAAGUCUCAGAAUGGUGCCAUUCCAAUGUCUAGCUCUCGUACUGCAUCUGGCUCUUCUUCACCACUAACCAGCGGUGGAGGCGCUGUUCCAUUUCAUCAGACAAAGCAACCACUAUUCUCACACGAAGUUUUGAGUAGGAUCCAAAAGUCUCAGAAUGGUGGUGGUGCUCCAAUAUCUGGCCCUCGUACUGCAUCUGGCACAUAUUCGCCACUAACCAGCGGUGGUGGUGCUAUUCCAUUUCAUCAGAUAAAGCAGCCACUAUUCUCACAUGAAGUUUCCGGUAUGAUUCAAAGGUCUCAGAAUGGGUCUAUUCCAAUAUCUAGCCCUCCUACUCCAUCUGGCUCAUCUUCGCCACUAACCUGUGGGGGAGGAGCUAUUCCGUUUCAUCAGACAAAGCAGCCACCGUUCUCACAUGAAGUUGUGGGUAUGACUCAAAGGUCUCAGACUCGUACCGCGUCUGGCUCAUCUUCGCCUCUGACCAGUGGCGGCGGUGCUAUUCCAUUUCAUCAGACAAAGCCACAACUAUUCUCAAAUGAACUCGUGGGUAUGAUCCAAAGGUCUCUGGAUGGUCCUAUUCCCACAGCUAGCAAUCGUACUGCAUGUGGCUCAUCUUCGCCACUGACCAGUGGUGGCAGUGCUAUUCCAUGUCUUCAGACAAAGCAAUCACAAAUAUCACAUGAAGUUGUUGGUAUGGUACAAAAUCCUCAGCAUGGUUUUUAUUCAUUUGGAAAUACCCCUCCUCAUCAGGGUUCUGAGUAUGCGCAGUUUGGGAGAAACUUGCAAACUACACAUGCUUACCGGGAUGUAGGUUCAUCUGACAGUAACCGUUCUAGGAGGGUUGUCCAGGGAGACCCAAUUGAAUUUCGCGAUGGGAAAUCAUAUUUGGCUGAUUGCGUGUCACAACAGCUGUUGAGGGAUUAUGUACGGCUACAUGCAUGCCUUGAUCUUAAAUCCGAUGCCCCAAAUCCUGAUCGCACAAAUGGCUUAUGAUGUGCAGUGCUCAGAUGGUAGGCAUUAAAAUUUUGAAGGUUAGCGCAUUCGGUUAGUGUAAUAGCAUAAUCAUGUAGUGCAUUUGGGUAAGAAUCGUAAAUCUCAAUUUUGUUCGGAGUUUCAAAAUCGAAUACCGUCUGAAGUCUGCGUUUCCUUAGGAGGCGCAACAUUCAGUCUUAGCCUUGCGUUAAAACAUUUUUUGACCCUCUAAAGGAAAUGUAAAUUACUAACUUAAUUGCUGUCAUUUUGCGUUUUAUCAUCAUCCUAGGCCUAGCUGAAAAUGGUGGUGGACGCCAAAGCGUAUAUAAACAGAUGCCUAUUGUAAAUAUUGUAGAAAAACGUUAUAUUUAUUUAACAGUUUUCUCCUGUAAUUAAUUCUCUU